AUGAACACUGAGGAUCAUAAUAAUCAUCAUUAUUAUCAUCAUAAUGUACUAUCUGCGGAUUCUACAAACGAAAAAAACAAAAUUAUUGUUGUAGAUGAUAAUGUUUCUACAACAACAACAACAUCAUCAUCAUUAAUGAUGCAGCAAAAUCGAUUCACAUUCCAUUCGAAUCCAUCGUCGUCAACAUUUACAACAUUUGUGUUUAAUGGUGGUGCUAGUAAUGCUAAUGAUGAUGAUGAUGAUGAUUCGAACAAAUUUAUCCAGUCAUCCAUUGCAUUUAGUGGUGGUAGCUAUUAUCAGGCUGUUGAUAAUAAUCACCAUCAACGACAAAAAGGUGAAUAUCAACAACAACAACAACAGCAUAUGUCAUCGUUCGGAAUCAUCGAUGAUAAUCAACCGAAUAUUCGACCUUGUACCAAUAAUGAAAAACAAUCUACAACAUUUCAAUCAAAUAUUUUCAAUAACAUCAACAACAACAAAGACGACGACGGCGACAUUAUUAUGAAGGUGAUACAGGAUAAAAUUAAUCAAAUUCAACAAUAUUUUGUACAAAAUUGGUCCAAUAAUAAAACUGGUUCAUGGGGACAAUUUUUCCGUAAAAAACAUUUCAGUUUUCCAUCAUCAUUGACGGAAAUUGCACGAAGAUGUCCGGACAAUUUACAGGUUUAUUUUUCUAAUUAUUGUGUCAUUAGUAUCAUAUUAUUGGUUUAUUGCCUGAUCACAUCGCCAUUAUUAUUGUUUGGUAUUUUAAUAUAUUCCGUAUUAUCGUAUACGAUUAUUAAACGUGAUCAAGAAUUGGAAUUAUUUGGUAAACCAUUUUCACGUAAUCAACAAUUGAUUUCUAUUUCCGUUGCAUUCAUUCCGAUAUUAUAUUUUCUUGGUUUGACCGCAACAUUUUUUUGGCUGGUCGGUGCCUGUACAUUUGUAAUUGCAUUACAUUCAAUAUUUCAUGAAUCGAUGAAACUUCCGGCAGAUCAAAUGAAUGGUGUAACGGUUAACAGUGGCAGCGGUGGUGGUGGUGAGCCAUCAAUAUCAAGUACUAGUGGAACAGCAACAUCUGCCAGCACCAAUGUUGAUAAUAAAGAUGAACAGGAUGAUGUACCAGAACCACAUCCUAGACGAAAGAGUGAAACAAAAAAUGAAGUAUUUUCCGUUUAAAUUUUAUUUAUUAACGGAUCAAAAAUAUUUUGCAUUUACCUUGGAUUUCAUGGAUUGAAAUGUGUAUGAAAAAAAUUGCCUUGACCGAAAGAAUAAUAAACAAAUUUAAUUUGCUUUUG